CUGAGCGGCACAACAGUCUGAUCGCGGACUCACGCUUCAAUUUCACACAUCACAUCUCAACAAUUAAGGAUCUCAUUAUUAUUUCCGGGCGGUAUUGACGCCACUUUUGCUCCCGUCCGCACCUUUUAUUUCGCCAUCAUCUGCUUCCUCUCCAGCCAGCGAUAGACGCCUGUCAGGCUCGCACACCGGCGUGUCAACGACAAGCAGGAAAAAGAAAAAAUAUUAAUUUCAUUCGGACACACCUUGUGCAGGACUGCCCUGAAACCGCUACAAUCAACAUGGAUGAAGACAAUCACGUUCCUGAGGAUCUCUCCCUGGAGGAGAGGGAUGAGCUAUGCAACAUCCGGCGCAGGAAGCGGGAGUUGCUCGACGACAUCGAGAGGUUGAAGUUCGAGAUCGCCGAGGUCAUGACAGAAAUCGAGCAGCUGACGUGCGUUGGCGAGAGUAAGACAUCUCAGAGAAACAAGCAGAUCGCAAUGGGCAGGAAGAAAUUCAACAUGGACCCUAAAAAGGGCAUCCAGUUCCUGCUGGAGAAUGACCUCCUUCAGCACACUCCAGAAGACAUCGCCCAGUUUCUCUAUAAAGGCGAGGGUCUAAACAAGACCGUCAUCGGGGACUACCUUGGCGAACGGGACGACUUCAACAUCAAAGUGCUCCAGGCUUUCGUGGAGUUGCACGAGUUUGCAGACCUCAACCUCGUCCAAGCUCUACGGCAGUUCCUGUGGAGUUUCCGAUUGCCGGGUGAAGCUCAGAAGAUCGACCGCAUGAUGGAAGCCUUUGCUUCGCGCUACUGCCAGUGCAACUCCGGGGUCUUCCAGUCCACAGACACUUGCUACGUGUUGUCGUUCGCUAUCAUCAUGCUAAACACUAGCCUGCAUAACCCCAACGUCAGAGACAAGCCCCCUGUGGAACGUUUCAUCUCUAUGAACAGAGGUAUCAAUGAGGGCGGAGAUCUUCCAGAGGAACUUCUCAGGAACCUCUACGACAGCAUAAAAAAUGAGCCAUUUAAAAUCCCAGAGGACGACGGGAAUGAUCUGACGCAUACGUUUUUCAACCCCGACAGAGAAGGCUGGCUUUUAAAGCUGGGCGGCAGGGUGAAGACGUGGAAGAGGAGGUGGUUUAUACUGACGGACAACUGCCUGUAUUACUUUGAAUACACAACUGACAAAGAACCACGUGGGAUUAUUCCCCUGGAGAACCUCAGUAUCCGAGAGGUGGAGGAACCUAGAAAACCUAACUGUUUCGAGCUCUACAACCCCAACCACAAAGGUCAGGUGAUCAAGGCCUGCAAAACCGAAGCGGACGGACGAGUGGUGGAGGGCAACCAUGUUGUUUACAGGAUAUCGGCCCCCACGCAAGAGGAGAAGGAGGAAUGGAUCAAAUCCAUCAAAGCCAGCAUCAGCAGGGAUCCUUUCUACGACAUGUUGGCCACUAGGAAGAGGAGGAUAGCCAAUAAGAAGUAGCCAAAGAGAACCUCCAGUUGCAUCACUGCCACUGAAAUCUUGUGUAUUGAGUGACUUUUCUACAUGGGACCUCCUUAAAAUCCCUCUCACCCGUGGAACAGUUGUAGAUUUAAAUAUAGACACUUUUACAUGUUGAUGGGAACCAGCAAAAGAGAGGAAAGAGGAUGGAACCACUUUCUUUGCAGUUCAUGUGCGGAUGGCGCCCUCUGUUGGACUUAUAAAGAACUACAUCUAAUAGAGCCUUCUGUUGGACUUAUAAGGAGCUACAUCUAAUAGAGCCCUCUAGUGGACUUAUAAAGAACUACAUCUAAUAGAGCCCUCUGUUGGACUUAUAAAGCACUCCAUUAAAUAGAGCCCUCUGGUGGGAUUUAUAAGGAACUACAGCUAUGAACCCAUAAGAAGCCUCAAUCGAAGUACAGUAAUCAGCUGGUCUGAUUUGUUUAUGCAAAACGCACCGAUCUACUCCUAGUCUUUUAUGAUAUUGUUGGAAAAUUGGUUAGCAAAUUGGAACUUUUGCACUAUUAUUUGGUAAAGAAGUAGCAACUCCAAUCAGACACAUUUUAGGAAGAUCCAUCUUUUCCUGAUAAUUAUUUGGCAAUUUAUUUUAACAAAAUCACCAGUUUACAGUCUGCAUGAAAAUGAUGUACAUAGUUCUUUUCUCUCAUUGUUCUUUUACGUAGUUUGUCGAUCCUUUUAUGGUCAUUUGACAAUACACUUUCACAACCACAGAGGCACGUAUGCCUCAAAAUACAUAUUGUAUCUGUAAGUUAUUUUUAGCGAUAUAGUAAAAAUGCAAAAAUUAUGAUUUGACUGCUCAACGCAGUUCUUUGGUUAUUUCAUAAACUUAUGAGAUUUUUCUGAAAAAAAAUAAAUUGUAAAAUAACUAAACCUAUGAACAGAAAAUUCUGAACUCGCAUUCAUUGUAAGUGCUUAUUCACCUUGUACACAAGGUUGUUGAACUACAAUCUCUUGUAAAAAAAAAAAAAGUAAACUUUUCUUAACCCGCUAAAUAGUUCUUUCUUAACCCGUUUUUCAGUGCAGUUUUCACACAAGUCAAAAGACAACAGUCCAAUUUCUGACAUUACCAAAUGUAUUUUAAGGCAUUUACCUUGUACAAUGUAUAAAUGCUGACAUGCUAAAUUAAAAGGAAUAACAAGUGUUCACAAUCCAUACUCAUGACUGAAUUUAGUCUGAAGAACGAGUUUGCCUAAAAACAAAAACAAACAAACAGAAGCACAUCUAUUUAUAAUCCUGAUACAGGAGUUUUGUAUAUAAAAGUAACUGAUAGUACAGUUCAAAAAUUAAAUUCACAGUAUUCCUUAUGAUGCUAGAAGACGAGAACUGGACACCCCCUCCCUUUUAAAAGCAAACCGAUGGUCCCACACAGCUGUGAUUACAUUUUGUAUGCACAUUUUUUUGUGAGCUGAGACACGCAGGAAUGACGUAAAUAACCAAAGAGUGUGAAUGUUAGGCUUCACAAAACAACGAAAGGAAAAGCUGGGAAAUGUGCUCAAGUCUGUCCAGGUAAUGACGAGGAGGCAUCAGUAAGCGCCUUGCUCGUUUUGUGUCUUCAGAAUGACGCUUUGGCCCGCGGCGUUUGUUAGCGGGCAGCCAGUGGUGAUGAUAGAAAAUAAAACUCAAAAUCAUCAUGUGGCGCCCACCUUCCCAGCUCCUCUUCAGCAGCACAUUGGUUUCCCUUUGUUUCUUUCCAAUCAAACGUGAAGCGAGAGGAGGAUGAUGAGGAGUUUUCUUUCCCAAGUCCUGAGUUCCACUGAGCAGCAGUUGAGAUGUGUUUAAGCUCCAGGCUUUGUUUGUGUUCAUAUUAUGUAUAUAUAUAUUAAUAUCUGUCAUCAUGUUAUGUCAAAACGGGUGUAGGAGAGUUACUGCGACUCAAUCAACGCCUUAAAAAGUGAACAUUUAAAACACAUUACUUGUGGUAAAAAUACGAUUACUCCCAACGAAGCACCACGUCGAUGAAUCAUUC